GCCGGGCGGGAGGAAGCGAUGAAUAUUCAGAGGGGGAGGGGGAAGGGAGGGGGCUGAGCGCUCGCCGCGGCUCCCUGCAGCCCGAGCCGCAUGACGCGCGGAGGAGGCAGCGGGAGCCGCCGGGGCCGCCGGAGCCGGGAUCAGGACGCCGCGCGCGGGGGGUGGGCGCCGCUCGCUCCGCCCCGCGAAGCCCCCGCGCGCCCAGGGACGCGUCCCCCUCGCUGCAGCCGCGCCAGGCUCCGCCGUGUGGCCGCCGCCGCCGCCGCCGCUGCCAUGUCCCCGGGGAAGCCCGGGGCGGGCGGAGCGGGGACUAGGCGGACCGGCUGGAGGAGGAGGAGGCGGAGGCGGCGGCCGGAGGCGGCGACGAGGGCGCCCGAGCUCGGGCACACGGCGGGGCCCGGCUUGCGCGUCCCGGGCACGUUCCAGGGCGCGCGGGGCAUGAAGCCGGCGGCGCGGGAGGCGCGGCCCCCUCCGCGCUCGCCGGGGCUGCGCUGGGCGCUGCCGCCGCUGCUGCUGCUGCUGCUGCGCCUGGGCCAGAUGUUGAAACUGAGGCCCAGAGAAGGGAGGCCACUUGUCCAAGACCACACAGCCAGUCACAGCGUGAGCCCAGCUUCCUGGCUCCACCACUUUGUUCUUCCAGACGCUAAAGUUCCAGUAGAGAACACACAGCAGAUUCGGAGAACGUCCCCCUCUUUGCCCGGUUUCUAACAGAUGUGGAAUUGGUUUGCUGGGGUUGAAUUCUGACACGUGUUGGUGAUCUGCUGGCGAGAAAUCUGUUCCUUCUGGGCAAGAGUUGAAGGUGUCUGCUGGAUUCUGGCAUCUCUUGCUGUUUUUGACCCUCCCAGGGCAGGAUGAGUGUGCUUGGGUCCUGGAGCUGUUUGUUGGCUGCCAGAUGGUCCCCACCUGCCACCCCCGUUUAUGGCAUUUACACCCAGUAGAGAAACCAACCUGGUAAUCAAAUGAACAUAGAGUUGGUAAAAGUGGGAGGCUCUUUGGGAGAUGGGUUGGGGAAGAAAAAGAGGAGGGUUCUUUCUAUAAUAAAACUUGCUGAUAAAACGUUGAAA